AUGGUGAGGCAAACUAGAGCAAGUGCGAAAAGUGAUUCCGACUCAUCCGAUGAAUCAGUUAUAGCUGACAUUCCACGCAAAGGACCGCCACCAUCUGAUGCAAGCUAUGAGAGGAAAUUUGUCAUUGUUAAAGGUGUGUACGUCGAAUGUAUGACGUUGAGGCGUUCCCCAAUUGUUAAUUCCCUAACCAUCAUUUUUAAGGUUGUCACCGUGGGCGAUGGCUUUCGGUCAUGGUUUUACGGCGACAGUGUUGUGUCAGAUGGACUGAUUCGCCUUUUCUCUCCCGUACAUCCACUAUUUCUUGCUUUACCUUAUUUUUUGAAUACAAAGGUGCGGUUCGUACUGGAGGAGAUUGUUUCUGACCCAGAAUGUCCCUCCAUUACUGCACUUUUAAAAAAUGAGCAGUUCCUUAAGAACAUUGAUAAGAUUUGUGAUUCAAAAGAAGUUUGUGAUGCAAAAGUGUUUCGUUUCAAUGAGAACCUAACCCUUGAAUGGAUUGCUGGUCGAUUUCGGCGGCUUCGAGAUGCACUCAUGGAGCAGGGCGAUCUACAUAAGUCCAUCCUAUCAAAUAGCGAUGUGCUAGAUCGGUACUCAUUCGGCUUACUGUCUGACUACAUGAGUCCUGACUUAACUGUGCUGGCCAAGGCCCAUCUCUCCAUACAAGAUCCUGUAAAUAAUGAGAAUGAACGCGUGGAUAUGUCAAUGAAAAGAAAAGCGGACGAAAGUUUCGAAUAUAUUGCACCAACGCAAGUCAAAAAGCCUAAAGAAUCGAUAAUAACGAAGAAACUGCAGCAAGCCAGUAAAGGCACAAAAUCUAUAAGUAACUUUUUCACUAAGAAAACAUAA